UGUGUGUAUACACACACACAGACACACACACACCACAUCUUCUUUAUCCAUCCAUCCAUCCAUGGACAUUUGGGCUCUUUCCAUACUUUGACUAUUGUUGAUAGUGCUGCUAUAAACAUGGGGGUGCAUGUGUCCCUUCGAAACAGCACAUCUGUAUCCCUUGGAUAAAUACCUAGUAGUGCAAUUGCUGGGUCAUAGAGUAGUUCUAUUUUUAGUUUUCUGAGGAACCUCCAUACUGUUUUCCAGAGUGGCUGCACCAGCUUGCAUUCCCACUAACAAUGCGAAAGAGAUCCUCUUUCUCUGCAUCCUCGCCAACACCUGUUGUUGCCUGAGUUGUUAGUGUUAGCCAUUCUGACAGGUGUGAGGUGGUAUCUCAUUGUGGUUUCGAUUUGUAUGUCCCCAAGGAUGAGUGAUGUUGAGCAUUUUUUCAUGUGUCGGUGGCCAUCUGGAUGUCUUCUUUGGAGAAGUGUCUAUUCAUGUCUUUUGCCCAUUUCUUCACUGGAUUAUUUGUUUUUUGGUGUUGAGUUUGAUAAGUUCUUUGUAGAUUUUGGAUACUAACCCUUUAUCUGAUAUGUCGUUUGCAAAUAUCUUCUCCCAUUCUGUCGGUUGCCUUUUAGUUUUGCUGAUUGUUUCCUUUGCUGUGAAGAAACUUUUUAUUUUGAUGAGGUCCCAGUAGUUCAUUUUCGCUUUUGUUUCCCUUGCCUCCAGAAACGUGUUGAGUAAGAAGUUGCUGCAGCAUUUUUGUGUGUUUUUAAAUCUUUUAAAUGAUGUAUCACAUGAAUGUAACUUGCUCUUUUCACUCGCCAUUGGUUUUGAGAUCUAGUGGUGAUACCAUGCACAGCACUGUCCUAGGCACUGGGAAACAGCUAAAUAAAGCAAUUCAGCUUUAUUAAGAGCAAUAAAUUCCUUUCCUCACUGAGUUUUCAUUCCGUGAGGGGCUCGGGGGGAAGGAAGUCUAUGUGGUAUGGAUGGACCACGGUUUAUUUAGCCCUUCCCCUACUGGUGUGCACUGGUUUAAUAUUAACAGUGCCGCAGAGGACAUCACUGUGUGUCUCCUAGCACAUAGGCACUGUGCACAUGGUUUGCAACCUUUUCUCAAAGGGCCAGAUAGCACAUUUUUUAGGCUCGUGAGCCAUACAGUCUGUCACAACUAUUCACUUCUGCCCUUCAGAGCAGCUAUAAAUAAUAUGUAAAGAAAUUAUUCAAGAACACUGGAGUUUGAAUUUCAUAUGAUGUAUACAUGUUAUGAAAUAUUCUUUUGUUGCCCAUCCAUUUAAAAACGUAAAACCCCUUCUUGACACGAGGUGUACAUAAAUUGGCUCACAGGCCGAGUCUGCAACAAAUGAGUCACUCCACAGCCCUUAGAAAGAUGCUCCAAGUCCAGCACCAGAUGAAAACAGGAAGCAUGAGGGGAAGUUGCUGGCCAGUUCUGGCCAUUAAGAAACACCAGGGAAAGCCUUUGGAAGCUGGAAGGCUGAAUGACAGCUAAGGGUCUCCAGAGCCAGGCCCUUUGCCCCAAGAUCGUUUUGGUCCAGCUCAGCCUGUGCGUCAUGGCCAGUAACUAGCCCUGGCUCUCUACCUGGUCUUUAUUCUCCCAUGGGCAAGGCCGAAGUCUGGACUGAGCCAUUUUCCAAGAGGUACAGCUUAUCUGAACAGGAAGGUAGUGUAAUGGGAACAACAGGGAAGCCUGACUGCAAAUCCUGCCUGGCUCCACCGCCUGACCAGUUCUGUGAUCUUGGGCAAGACCCUUCACUUGUCUGAGGCUGUCCCUUGUCUAUAAUGAGAAUAAUCCACAUCCUUCCACUUGGUUUGUAGGAUGAAAUGACAAAAGUGUAAUGGAAGGUACCUGACAGAUAAGAGGUACCCAAUGAUUGCCAGCCAACAUUUGGAUUUUCUCCCUGUGGAAUGGAUGCCAGAACACUUCCUGGGAUGGGCCACUCACUUCCCCUGGAAGCCGCCCGCUCCAUCUUCUAACACUUGUGACCGCUAGUCACUUCUGUUGAUCUGGAAACUAGCCGGCUGUGGCUUUCACUCCCUGUCCCACGUCCAGCCCUUGAGACCAGGCAACAACCCCCUCCUUUGAUUCCCCAAUCAAAACAGCCUGUUUUCUUCAAAUUGUGAUCUUUGAGCCCUCUCACCAUUCUGGCCACCCAACCAAACACCCUACACACUUGGACUGUCGAUAAAGACAGGAGUCUGGGUCUAGAACUUCCUGGCCACAGGUGAGGAAGUCCAAACAUUGAUUAAGAGAUUUGAUGGUUGAGGCACUGGGUGGCUCAGUUGGUUAUGUGUUUGACUUCAGCUCAGGUCAUGAUCUCAGUUUGUGAGAUCAAGACCCACAUCAGGCUCCAGGCUGACAGUGUGGAGACUGCUUGGGAUUCUCUCUCUCUCCCUCUCUCUCUGCUCUACUCCUACACUUGCACGUGCUCUCUUGCUCUUGCUCUCGCUCUCACUCUCUCUCAGUAUAAGUAAGCUUUAAAGAAAAGAUUCCAUGGUUAAGAGUUUAAGACUGUGGCACAGGGCAGACCUUGGUUCUGCUACUUGGGUAGGUUACUUAACCUCUUCAAGGUCAUAUUCAUCUUCUGUAAAAGGGGAAAUGGUUCUAGUACCUUCCUCCUGGGCUUGUCGAAAGGAAUACACUCAAUAAUGUAUGGAGAGUGUGUGGCACAACAUCUGAAGCCAGCUGAGCCCUCUGGAGAUUCUUUGGGGGACGGUAAAGGGGCACGUUUUGCAAAUGAGUCUCCUGACCUCCACAGUUCUAAACCCACCCCUCUGCUCCCACAGAGCUGGGCAUACACCUGGUCUCAGUCAGUGCUUGGUUGCCAACUGCCUAGCCUGAGGUGGACAGGAGACCAGAGGCAGGAUGUGAACAGAUCGGCACGUGAAGUCCCUGCCAGCAGUGGCCACCAGGGGGCACCCCAGCCCCAGAGGUGGCCUCACCCAGGCAGACACACCUACUCCUCAUCCAAAGAAAUCCGUUCCUUGGCCUGAGGUGAGGUAAAUUGGGACAGAAAGUGACAGCCUUGGGUGUGGUCGGUCAGGCCCCAAGUCCUGUGGGAAACCCUCAAGCCUGAGGCAGAGGCCUAGACUGUGAGUCUGACUCUGCUAUCCAUGACCUUGGGCAAGGCACUUUCCUCUCUGGCGCCGGUUCACUGGGGUCAGAACAGACUCCAAGACUUGCCUGGCUCUAGGAUUUGAGGCUGGGGCAGCUUCUUCUUUCUCACUCCCAGCCUUUCUCCAGCUCAGGGCAGCACACACUCUGACUGGCAGUGAACCUGGCCUGGGAAGCCAUGUGUCACAGAUGCCCCCAAUUCCAAAGCGCUGGUGGACACCAUUGGAGGGAGGCAUAGUGCGGGAGGAGGAGGAAGGGCAGGGUCAGGUGAACCAAGAGACUCAGAGCCUCAAAGGUCUUGCUUCAUUUGGGACAGACAUCCGGUUUCCUCUGGUUUCUGCCAGGAUUCCGGGGGCUUAAAGGAAUGAGUCAUGGAGGGGGAUUGGGGGGUUCCCAGCUAACCAGUUUGCGACAGGAGCCUGAGAUGAUGCCCAUCAAAGUGUGGGGUGGAGAUGGGAGGCAAGACCCCAAUGUCCCUAUCUCAGGCCCCUGGCCCAUCAGGAGGGGACUCAGGAAGGCAGCCUCCUGGGAGUUUGGGGGGUAAAACUAGCUUCUUCCCUCCCAGAAUUUGGGGCCUAGGGAGCAGGUGGCUUGAGAAUCCCAAGGGAGAGUGCCAGGGGACUGCUCCAGCUGAUCCAGGGGAGGGAGGGAGGGGCUGCCCAGAGGCUGGCCUCUUCCCCAGUCAGUCUGACCAGCCUCCAGCCUCCAGGGCUUUUAUCAGUGGCUCGGCCUUUGUUCAGCGGUUCUGAUCAAACACCCUGGGGCAAUUCGGGCCUGGGUGGGGCUAAGGGGAGGAAGGGAGUUUGAAGGGGACUGGACGUCAAAGAAGGAUCAGAGAUUCCACAAUUUCACAAAACUUUCGCAAACAGCUUUUUGUCCCAGCCCCCCUGCAUUGUCCUGAACGCCAAAUUUGCAUAAAGUUAUUACUAAGCCUUAGUCGUAGCACCAGGUAAUUUCCUUCCAGGCCUCCAUGGGCUUACGUAUAAAGGCCCUCUGGAGCUGAUCCCUGCCAGAGCCCAGAGCCUGCAGACCCACCCAGACCUCCUGCUAAGCCUGCUGCCCAGAGCCCCAUGAAGCUGACCGCCCUGCAGCUGCUGCUGUGGCACAGCGCACUCUGGAUGGUGCAAGAAGCCACCCCCUUGGGCCCUACCAGCUCCCUGCCCCAGAGCUUCCUGCUCAAGUGCUUAGAACAAGUGAGGAAGGUCCAGGCUGAUGGCACAGCGCUGCAGGAGAGGCUGUGCGCCGCCCACAAGCUGUGCCACCCUGAGGAGCUGGUGCUGCUUGGGCACGCUCUGGGCAUCCCCCAGGCUCCCCUGAGCAGCUGCUCCAGCCAGGCCCUGCAGCUGAUGGGCUGCCUGCGUCAACUCCACAGUGGCCUCGUCCUCUACCAGGGCCUCCUGCAGGCCCUGGCAGGGAUAUCCCCCGAGUUAGCCCCCACCCUGGACAUGCUGCAGCUGGACAUCACCGACUUUGCUAUCAACAUCUGGCAGCAGAUGGAAGACGUGGGGAUGGCCCCUGCAGUGCCGCCCACCCAGGGCACCAUGCCAACCUUCACCUCGGCCUUCCAGCGCCGGGCAGGAGGCACCCUGGUUGCCUCCAACCUGCAGAGCUUCCUGGAGGUGGCAUACCGUGCUCUGCGCCACUUCACCAAGCCCUGAAAAAACCCUCCCCCACGAGUGUAUUUAUCUUUAUUUAAUAUUUAUGCUUAUUUAAACCUAGUAUUUAAAGACAAGAAAGAGCAGAAAGGAGCCCUGGACUCUUGGGUCCUUCCUGCCACCUCUGAGUUUCAUUCUCCUGCUUGUAGCAGGGAGAAAAUCUGUCCCCGGGACUGGGAGGCGGAUAGGUAAAUACCACGUAUUGAUUUCUAUGACUGCUCCCUGGCCUGGCUCUGUGGUGGGCACUGGGAAGAACCCCAGUGAACCCCUUAGCCCAAGGGUACCCACCUUGAGUCCCUCGGAAGCAUCAGGAAGUCUCCCAAGUGGGAGACAAGACAACCCUGUUUAAUAUUUAAACAGCAGUGUUCCCCUACCGGGUCCUCCCUCGCUCUGGCCUCACCGAAGUGGCUGGCGCAUGCCAGGUGGGCUAGGCCUUGCUUCUCACGUCCCCUUCCCUACACAGUAAAGCCCGCAGAGGCAGCCAGAGCCGGAAAGCUUGACCCUGGGGUCCCACGAAUUCGCUGGGGAAUCUAGUUUUCAAGAUGUUUUGGGGAAUAUUUUGACUUCCAGUAUGGGGAGCCCAGGCAUGGCUGACAUUUCUCAUCUUUCUGGAUGCCUCGUAGCGACAAUGACAGGCUUCUAAUGCCUGCCCCACCCUCACCAGGGUCAGGAUUCUGACUCAAGGGCCGGGCAGAUAGUCACUUACCGGCCUCGCUGGAGGGGGACUGGGAGUGCGGGGCCUGUGUGAUGGAGUGAGAGGAACGUUCAACUCUUCACCCUCCACCUCUGCCCCCACUUUCUCACUGUAGCCAAACUGUGAUAAUAAAGUGUUUUGUUUGUCUCCAGUAAACGUUCUUCCUCUUUCUUG